AUGGUCUCUGCCUUGCAAUUUCAUUCCGUCCGACAAGUGGCCAAAGCUUUCCAUUGCUCUCCAAGUACAGUUCAUUAUUGGAAAAAGAAGCGACAACAACAAGAACGUGAGGAACAAGAACACACUGCCAUCACUGUCACCACUCAAGAAGAAGAUUAUGAAGAAUCAAAUCAUUCCAAUCCUUUGAAUUCUUUUCACCAUUGUGGUCGAGGAGGUUUACGAAAAUUUAAAUACAGCACUGAACAGGUGAUUCAAGCCGUUCGUGUGAUGAUUCAAAUGUCAAAAGCCAAACCUCAUGCGACUCUUGCUGAAUAUGUGAAUGAGUUGAAAAAGAAUGGAUUUGAAUAUAGUCGAACGUGGGUGAGUCGAGUUCAAAAACAUUUACAACAAGUUCAUUGUUCGAUAUUGGAGACGAAUGAUGAAAAUGAUGAUUAUCAACAUGAGAAUGAGGAGACUGAAAUGAAUGAACCAGCAUCCACAAGAAAUGGAAGGAAGAAAUCAACAAGAUAA